UUUAUACUGCUGUUGGAAUUUUAUUUUUUGUUCAUUCACGAAUCCCUUUUUAUAUAUGUACCUCAGUGUAAUAAAACACACUUGACAUUGGCAAAAUCUAUAAGAAGACGCCAAUAACUUAAAGAGUAGAAUAUACUGCUGUUUGUUCAACUUAUUUGCAUAUUUUGCAUUGUAUUUUAUUAUAUUAUUAAGGAAUGGAUUAUACAGAAGAGAACAAUGGAAAAGACAACGAAUCUCAUAUUCAAGAAAGUGAACAACCCAACACUAUUGCGAAUAACAAAGAAAUAGAUGUACUGAUAAAUACAAUAAGUGAGGAAUCAAAAAAUAUAGAUGAUAUCAAUGAAAAACAAAAUGAUAAUCGAACAAAAGAAUUCAUAAUUUUAAAUCUCGACGACAAAUUUAAUGAUGUUAUGAAUAAAGCUAACGAACUAAUAGAAAAACGUAAUGUAUACCAAGGCAGAAGAACCACAACAACAUGGGUUCAAUUUAAUAAAAUUUACGGCAAAUCGUCACCUCAUUUUGGACGAUACGGUAGAUAUGGUGCAGGAGGAAACGGGGGCGAACCAAUGGAUCCAGGUUCCCGAAACUACUUCGUGAGAUUCGUUUUUAUGAUUUUGCUUGUAAUGUUACUUAUAACAGCAAGUUAUGGUGCCCUGGUUUUGCUCACGCCGGCACUGAAGAGCUUUUAUUUGAAAGCUGGUUUAUUCAUGAUGUUACUGUCAGCGGGCGUGUUGAUUGGUAUGAAUUAUGUGAUGAUUUGUUCAGCAUGCGCUAGAGUUCCACCUUGCAAUUUUAUAUGUCUUGUUAUUGUAGUUGUUGCGAUGAGUAAUUUGGUAGCAGCCGUAACAGUACGGUAUAAAACACAGAUUGUUAUUAUGGCUGUCAUCGCAACUGCGAUAAUUGUUGCUUUAUGUGUAUUACUGGCUUGUACAAGCUUUGAUUUUACGCAAUGGUAUAUUUACGUAGUUAUCAUAGCGAUGGUGUUUGCGGGGAUCUCAAUAGUGUGCUCUAUUACAAUGUUGGGUAUGGGAAUGAAGAUAAAACCAUUGCAGCUAGUAUUGCUAUGUGUUGGUACACUUUUACAAGCUGUUAUAUUAAUAAUGGAAUUACAAAUGAUCCUUGGCGGUCGUUCAAUUGAAAUAAGUGAAGAUGAUUACGCACUCGGAGCGUACAUGCUCUACACUUCAAUUAUAGAAAUUUUUCUGCAUAUGGUUCAAAUUAUGGGUAUUUUGGAUAAGUAAUUAUUUUUUUAAAAUAUAUUGUUUAUAUUUUGUUACUUGAUAAUAUUAUAUCAUUGAAAAUAUUAUUGUGUCUGUGAAUAAUAUUAUUCAUUGACAUAGGUUUAAAGUUUUCAAUAGAUUUAAUAUUUCAAAAUUUGACAUUUGUUUGUGCAGUAAAAAUAUAUUUUUGA